UCGUGUAAUAAAACAAAGUAGUGGAAGAAGAAAUCGUCCGGGAAAUCGUGUUCAUUGGCAAGCAAGGACCACCGUGGAUCCCGUACACGUUAUUGCUUACGCGAUUAAAACGAUAAGAAUAUUCGCAGUUCAUGUGUAACAUUUUCAUAGACGAUUUAUCAUUAUUGCCUAGCUUUAUGAUUUUAAAGUUUCUUUAAUGCCUUCUGAAAUAUUUGCAAUUACAAACAAAUAUGAGUGAUUACAGACUUCAUUAAUUUAACUGUGCAGAAAGUUUGGACUUUUAAGAGUUAGUUUUUUUUAAAGUGAAUUUAAUUCAUGUGAACAAAAAAGAAAAUAAAAGGAUUAAGUUCUUUCCACAUUUAUUAAGAAGAAAGGCGGAAUAUUUCGGCGAGGAGGGUGUUUUGGAAUAGUUAGAGAAGAUAAAUUAUAUCAUAAGGAGAGGCUUUAAUAUCAAAUAAGACUCAUGACAAUGUCCACAAUGGAAGACAAACAGUUAUCCUCAACAAAGGAGGAGGACUCUUCUAGUGGUGAGAACGGAGGUGUGAACAGCCUUAGCAAGAAAGCAAGGUCGAAACGAGGUCAUAGUGGAAUUAACCAGCUUGGAGGAAUGUUUGUAAACGGUCGCCCUCUUCCGGAUUCAACUAGACAAAGGAUUGUAGAGUUGGCCCACAGUGGAGCAAGACCAUGUGACAUUUCUAGAAUUUUACAAGUAUCAAAUGGGUGUGUUAGUAAAAUUCUUGGACGUUAUUACGAAACCGGUUCUAUAAGACCACGUGCAAUAGGUGGAAGUAAACCACGUGUCGCUACAGGAGACGUUUGUAGACAUGUUGCGCAAUAUAAAAGAGAGUGUCCCUCAAUAUUUGCAUGGGAGAUAAGAGACCGACUGCUAGCUGAUGGUGUCUGUAAUCAAGAAAAUAUUCCAAGUGUGUCUUCUAUAAACAGGGUGUUACGCAACCUAGCAACAGAAAACCAAAAGGUGAUAGGUCAAGGCAGCAUGUACGAUAAAUUAGGUCUUCUCAACGGUCAAGCUUGGGCAAGACCCAACCCCUGGUACCCAAACAUGGGCAUGCAUAGUAUAGGAACAAGCUCUUACCAUCAACCCCCUCCAAGUCAUCUUGAUAUAGAAAAGAAACAUAAUGACGGAAACUCCAGUUCAGACAGUAACCAUAGCGAUGGUGCCAAAGGGUCAGAAAAUGAUGAACAAAUGCGCAUGCGCCUUAAGAGAAAAUUACAGAGGAAUAGAACUUCAUUUACAGCAUCGCAAAUAGAAGCUUUAGAAAAAGAAUUUGAGAGAACGCAUUAUCCUGAUGUAUUUGCAAGAGAACGGUUAGCACAGAAAAUAGACCUUCCCGAAGCUAGAAUACAAGUAUGGUUUUCAAAUCGACGCGCAAAAUGGCGGCGGGAAGAAAAACUUCGGAAUCAACGAAGAGAUCCUGGGAACGGUUCAUCUCGUAUCCAUCCACUAAAUACUGGAUUCCCAAAUAGCAUGUAUCCAUCUCUACAGACAAUAUCUCAAAUGGGUUCACCAGACCAAUAUAGUGCAAUGCCAAGUGUGCAGAAUUAUUCCCUGAACAACAAUAUGCCAUCGAAUCCGUCUUGUCUUCAAUCUUCAAGUUCACCAUAUUCAUGUAUGAUUCCAGAUUACUCAGGACGGAGUUAUGACCCACUUUCCCUCAGUGCCUACUCGAGAUCCUCGUGCAGUGCUGUUGCAGCGGCCAGUAGUAUCCCAAGUCACGUGACUCACAAUACGCAUAACGGUGCGUCUCCGACUGGAUUGAUCUCACCGGGUGUGUCAGUUCCGGUUCAAAUACCUGGUGGAGGUCACCAAGAUAUGGGCGUUCAUCACAUGACCUCAAUGACGUCACAAUAUUGGCCUCGUAUCCAAUGAUAGUAACUUUAAAUAUUGGCGAUGAAGAACAAAGGAAAAUAUUUAAAUAGAAUAAAAUCACCUUAAAACGAGAAAAAAAAUGAGCAAGGGAUGACGAAAACAUUCCGAGAGUCAAAGUGAUUACUAUAGUGCUAUAUGAAAGACAGUCUGGUGAAUGCAAAGGCAUUUUGUGGGACAAAAAUGACACUGGAACAAAGAGAAUUUAUUCAUUGAUAGAAGUGUAUUUCUUGGCAACGGAAUGAGUUAGAUACAGAAAUGUGAUACAGGGAAAUUGGUAAAUACAUAGGAAACAUUUACAAUCACCGUGGUAAGAUGAUUCAAGACAGAUCAUUAAAAAGUUAGAAUAACAUUUCUGUUAUUUGAUGAGAAUUAGGUUUUGAAAUAAGUGCAGAAUAGUCUAAAAGACCAGGCCUUGUCUCACAAAAUGCGAGCAUUUAUUGCUUACUUAUAUUUGUUAGUAUUUUAUGGAAAGAUUUUCCAAAUUGGUUAUGUACAGGUAUUAGUGAAACGUAAAUUGUUAGUCGUGAUCAGCGAAAUCCAACAUUUAUAAUGUAACAUUAAUGUUGAUAAGGAAAUGAAAAUAAAUUCUUAAAAAGUAUAGAUCUACUUGCAGCAGUAUGGAGAAAUUAGCCAGUAUUUUUCAUCGUAUCUUAUUAUUAUUUUUAUCUGUAAGUAAAUUCAUAUACUUGUUAAUUUAAACCAAUAUUACAAAUAGUAACAUAAACUUACAUAUUAGGCAGACACUAAUAGGUAAAUUGAUUACCAUUUCAUGAAUAUUUAAUGUCGUUAAUGUCGGCGCAAUGUGCAGGGUUCUGUAAAUUACACUUUUUGUUAUAAAAAAUAAAAUAAAUUAGAAACAAAAAGAUAAAUAUGGAAAUAGUUUUUACCGGUUAAAUAGUUUCAAGACAGUUCUUUUUAUGGACAUGUCAAUAUUUAGUUUUCUUACUUCUCAGGUAAUUCAUCUGUUUGUUCUAUUCACCUAGCAAUCCAUUAUUUGGUACAUAUUUAUGUAUAAUUAUUGUUCAUAUUUUUCUUUCAAAACGGUAUCCAUUAUUUCAUUUUGAAUUUCUUGUUUGAUUCAUUUUUAUCCAAAUUAUCUAGUCUGCAAUCAAAUGUGACAGGGUAGAUUCCACUGUUUUAAACACUUUCUUUUCGUCACUCUAUUGUUUUAAUUAAGAAGUUUUUCAUAAGGAAAAUAAGGCAACACUUUAUAAGUGUUAUUUGGCAUAGUUUAAUUUGAAACUAUAAAAAAAUAAUUACAACCUUAAAACAAAUUUAGAUAACUUUAAUGAGACAGAAAACAUUCCAAUUUUAUGUUAGUACCUACUUUCCUAGAGAUUUUGGUUUUAAUAGAAAAAAUUUUACGCAAAUAUAUAGUAGAAUAAAUGCAAAUUUGUACUUUCUUAUACAGACUUAUUUUGAUCUACCUUUUUUGUCUUUAGAAAAUCUUAUAUUGAAUUGACAUUUCAACAGAAGAAAAUGAACAUUUUGUUUUUACAUAUUCACUAAUUGAAACUUAAUACAAUUGCUUGCACUUUACAUUAAGGUUAUGCAUAGAAUGUGCAUUUUUAAUGUAGUACUAUUAGUUAGGUCCAGCUAUCGCCGGGAGUAUAUUUAAUCUUGCACUUUUUAUUCAGCAAUUUAGCCAUUAAAAAAGGUGCGACAUAAAUUGAUUGGGUUAAACUGAAGAUUGUUCCUUAUGUUUUCAGUAUCGUGUUCCAUUAUUGUGUAAAUUAAUUUUCGUAUAUUUAAAAUUAAUUUGCUUCUUCUUUUUUUCACAAACUCACAUUUCUACAUUAAGCAUAUAUCUUCUCUUUCAAGUAUAUUAUAUAUAUUAUAUUAUAUUAUUAUCAUAUUUUGCAUUGUUAUUAAGUGAUUGUUAAACUGUGUAUGUAUAUUGUAUGUUAGUAUGUCAUGUCUAAAGGUUGAAAAAAAUAAUAAUUUCUGUCUCGGAAUAUGGUUUAGGGUUGUACAUAAAAUGCUGGAAUCUGUUGCAAUGAUAUUUGUAUUGUCGUUAAGAAAAUAGACAAAAAGGCAAAAGUUUAAAUUAUGUUACAAAAAACACACACAAAAACAAGUCUCAUUGCGUAAUUAUUCACAAUAUUUGAACGGUUCUUUUUCAAUGUUUUUUUCUCUCAAGAAAUUAGUUAUUUUAGUAAUAUAUUAUCAAUGGAUUGUUUGCGAAUUAAAUCUAGAAACGGACUUCCGAGAGACUAAUUAUUAUUUUAUUCAGCCUUAUUUUAUCGAGACUGUCUAACAGUCUUUUAGCAGUUUCUCUUUAAAUAUGUAAACACUGGAGAAUAAAUUUCUAAAAUUUA